UUAGCUUCAUACAAAGUGCAGUAAACAGAUGGAACCUACAGUGAGACCACAGCGCCAAUUCUCAUUGGUACACAGAUUUUCUGGAUAUUAGCAGGCAGGUUAUUAUGCUGUUUCAGUGUCUUCUGUCUCUUCAUGUUGUCUCACAAUGUCUCCAUGAUGUUGAAACCGGAGUUUAAGACUCGUGACUUUUUCUUCUUCAUAGUUCUUCAUGAUUCUGGCUAUGUUGUGGGUCAUGCUGGAGGAUGAAUAUAUAGGACCAAUCAGAAGUCACUCUGCUGUUUAUUACGCGAUUGAUAACUUCCUAAAACCUUUGUACAGUGCUGUUUUCUGUACGGAAACUAGUUCAAGAGUUUCAGGGCCCUGGGUAUUGUGCACGCUGCGAUACUCAUGACUUACAGAGCUACUGUUAAUGUUAUUAGUAACACUUUUGCUUUUCCUGCUAUGGCAACUGAAAAUGUUUUGCUGUGAGAAAUUCAUGUCUUGCCUCUAACACCAGGUUCACUAAUGUUGUCUCCACCGCGAAUAGGUGAAGAGAGAGUAACGGAUCGAGAGGGCCAGCUGCCUGAUCAUGACUUCUCUUGUUCGACCUGGAAUCAAUGUUUCAGAGCUAUGUGGGGAUGGAGACAAGUUCCUUGAGGCUGGAGAGCUGGGGAAGGCCACCUCUCUCUACACGUCCGCCUUCAGGACUCACGCUGCCUCCGCAAUGUCCCACAUGCGGAAACUGGAGAAGUCCAGCCUGGCUGGGGUGAUCUUGACCCUGGAAGGUUGGCUCGACAGCCCUGCGGAGGACCAGCCUGCUGAGGGUCAUAAUAAAGGCCUGACCGCCGUGUUCCUGUCCACACUCUGCCCCAAUAAUCUGUCGGCCACCAUUUUCAAAAUGGAGUCUCUCCUUCAGGGUGGCGGGCAUGGCUGCGAGGAGAUUUUCGCCCGCUGCGCAGCUCUGCUCGCAGGGAAGAGAAACCCUCCCCCAGAAGGGUCGACUCGCGUGGUCUUGGAGAUAACUCGUGCUCUGGCCUGCUUGUACGCAGAGCCCCACAGUGUUAAGGGGUUGGCGCUUUACCUCGAAGCUUACCAGAGUAAUAGAUCUGAAGUUGUCAAGCUGGUGAAAACCAGACAGGCUCAACAUCUAUCAAAAAUAACCAAGGCCUUUUCCGUUCAAAUACUGCACAUACACCCUUCUCUGGUGUCUGACAGCGAGGCGGCGCUGGCAACAAAGGACAACGGUAAGCUCAGUGCAGAGGCAUCUCCUGUCAUUAUUGAGUUUUUAUCGGCUAUCUCACCUGUUGACAGAGAAGUGCAGGAACUUCAAGCAGCAUAUUUGUUUUUGACCGGCAAGUUUGGGGACAGUGCAGAGGUGUACUCUGCUCUCCUGCAUCACAGUCGGUGCCAGAAAAUACCAGACAGUAGUGCAGACAAGCCUCCCCAGGACAGUCUUGAGAGGAGAGCUCGACUCUUGACCAGUCGAGCGGCUGCCCGCUUCUCAGCAGGUGGCCGGACGGCAGAGGCAUGCGGGGAUCUGGGGGAGGCAUUUGAGAUCCACCCUGCCACCGCACGGACUUAUUUCCAAAAGCUCUUCACAGAUCACGGCACGGGCGUGGCCGCUCGCAACCAUCUCCGUCAGCAGGCCGAGAAGGGCCUGUGUGGUUACAGAGAGGGGGUCCUCAUCCGCCCAGACCUGCGCUCCACUGAAGGAGUCGAACUCUUGGACCCCGUGAUCACUCAGCUGCGGACCCUGUGUCGUUUAGAGCCUGACGGGGGAGGCAGAGAGCUGCGAGUACGACUGGCCGACUGUCUUCUACUCAGAGGGGAACACAAAGAGGCCCUCUCCAUCUGUAGCCAGCUAGCUGCUGCCCAAGGCCAGCAGAGCUAUCAGAACACGGUGCAGGUUCUUCGUGGAUAUGCAAGACUGUUCUCCGAUGACCACAAGGGAGCGUUAGAGGACUUCCAGGCUGUGAUUGAACACAACACCCCCCACCCAUCCAGCUGUGUGCGGGCGCUGUGUGGCAGGGGCCUCCUGCGUAUGAUGGGUGGCUUGAACUAUCUCACAGCUUUAGACUACGUGACGGCCAGCAGGCUGCAGCCUCAGGAAACAGCACUGACCGUUCGCUGCUUGGUGCCGUGGAACUACCGGGGGCUGCUGUCUACCGUCCUAGCGGAGCAGGGACGAGUCAUGCUGGAGGGGACUGGAGAGCACGAAUCCAAGUCCAGAGCCACCGAAGGCUCCCAGCAGCCCGAACAGGAGGAUCGGCCGCAUGCACCGUCAAAGGAAGACAACCGCAGAUCAGGGACUCCUGCUGGUGUCCAGUCCCUGGCAGUGCUGCUGAUGGAGCUCCAGCCAGGAGCUGAUGGGCCUCAGAUCCUGGCAGCUGAUGCCUUGUACCAGCUUGGCCGGGUGGAGGAGGCCUACCGGUUACUGCUCUCUGUGGGGCCCACCAGUCCUCGGGCGCCCAUUCUGGCUCGGUUGACCCUGCUGCAGCUGCACAGAGGUUUCCUUUAUGACACCAAUCAGCUACUGAAGAAGCUCAUUCAGUGUGGAGAUACGAGCUGCCUGCGCUCCCUGUUGGCGGUGGCACAUCAGAAGGACCGUAUGUUGCUGCAGGGAAACUGCCACUCUGCUGCGAAACGCAUCCUGGACGGCGCGAGAGAGGAGAGCGCUGUCAGGGAGGCCGUGGCCUACCUCUCCAUCGCUAUUAUGGCAUCUGGUGGUGAGGCAGCAGACUCCUUGUUGGAAAGGGCCCGGUGCUAUGUCCAGCUGGGCCAACGAAAGACGGCCAUCUUUGAUUUCAGUGCCAUCCUGAGGGAGCACCCGAAACACGUUCAGGCCCUCUGUGGAAGAGGCUUCACUUAUCUCAUGCUGAAUCAACAAAAGGAAUGCACACAUGACAUCCUGGCAGCACUUCGGAUAAAUGCUGACAUAGUCACCAGAGACAUCCUGUCACUCAAGGACAAGGCCCGGAAGCUGGUCUGCGAUUGGCUGCAUCAGUUCUGUCGGACCAAUCUGUCAGAUGUCCUGGUCACUAAUGCCGUCCCCUGCCCCGAUGAGCAGCUCAGGGAGGCGUUUAUAAUCGGUGGAGCUCUGAUGAGGACUGACUGCAGAGACCCCAGAUGGCAUCUCCUCUAUGUGGACAUACUCUUAGCCAAAGGUGAAGUCAAGGCUGCCGGUGCCCAUCUGUGCCAGGUGUUUGGCCAGGAGCCAAGAGAUGCCGUGGCCCAGGCCAGGGUGGGUGUGGUGGAGGCCUGGCAGCAGAACUACCGCAGCGCAGCUUGCAGGCUCAGCAAGCUGACGGAGAAAGAGACAUCCUGUCUGGACUUCUUGCUGGACCUGAUCCCAUUCAGUCAGCGAAAACACAUGGCACAGACGGCAGUGCAGGAGGCCAGCAGUGUGACAUCAGGUGGCCAGUGGGACCAGGCCCUCACACUACUGACUGUAGCAGUGCAAGCAGCGGGCAAUCACAGACUCCAGUAUUUUCGCCAGCGGGCUGCCUGCCUCGCUCAGCUGGGCAUGCACGAGCGGGCCAUAGCCGACCUGGACAGAAUUAUACAGAAACAUGGUGGAUCCAACUCCGGCUGCUCAGAUGACCCCCGGGUCUGGGCGGAGGACCUGUGCCGGCGAGGUCGCAGCCUGGUGCUCUGUUCCAGAGAAGGAGCAGCUCUGGGGGAUUUCGCCCGGGCCCUGGAGCUCCACAGGGAGCAGGCCAUCCACUGUGUGGAGGCCGGGCUGGGGAGGCUGCGUCUGGCUGAGUGCUUCCUGCGGGGGGCGCUGCAGCACUAUGGCGAGCAGCAGCUCGACAAAGCCUGGACAUUGAUUGAAUGUGGCCUGGUUGUGGACAGUGAGAACUCAGAGCUCCGCAGACUGAGGGCAAGGGUCAAACGGGAAGUGGCCAGCCCCUGCAACGUCAACUAGUUUUGAUGGAAAGAGAGUCAGGUAGGAUACAGGAGAUCAACUGAGCUACCAAGAUGUCACCCAUUGGUUUGUGACUAUAAACUCCUUAGGAAAAUGUUUACUGAUUUUAUAAAUCAAGUGAGAAGUCAUUUUCUCAUAGACUUCCAUAGAAACGUAUUUCUUUUUGGACCAGUGUGUCGCCCUCUGCUGGUCAUUCCAGAGAAUACAGGCUUCAGGCACUUCCACAUUGGCUUCACUUUCAGGACCUGGUGACUACGUCCAUUUUCAUAUACAGUCUGUGAGCUGAGCUCAUACAGUGUUGCCAUGUCAGUUCCUAAGGUGGAGUAACCAUCAAACUGAUGAGAAAUAGAUGAGUAUUUUGUACCCUUCAAGUUUGUAUUAAGAAUUAACAGCAGUGUUUGUCGUAGUACUCAACAUCCUUAUAUUCAUAGUAAAACAUAUUGAAUAUUGGAGACUGUGCAUCAUAGAUAUUUUAUUGAUUUUUUUUAUUUUCCACUUAUUUUAUGAACCAGUUCACUUUUGUUGUUCAUACAUAUCAUGGCUGAAACAGCGCUAAUUGAAUAAUUGUGAAAAUGGAAAAAAUACAUGAUGGUCAUGAUGGUUAUAAAGGAACACGACAUGAAAUCAA